UGCCCACGGCCUCCAGAUCUUAGCAGCCAGCGCUGGAGACCGGCGACGCCCCCCCCCCCCCCCCCCGAUCUGUCCUCGCGGCCGCCUAGAUCUGGAGGAGGAGUGGAGGACUAUUCCCCUGAGCUCGCCUCCUGCAGUCCUGCGCUACCCGCCACCUCCGCGCCGCUGCAGGGUGCUGUGUGAAGUUCGAAGCUUUUCACAUGGAUUCAACAUCGCAAGAUUUCCAACCCAGGACAUUCUCUAUCAAGCUGUGGCCACCAAGUGAAAGCACACGCCUCAUGCUUGUAGAGAGGAUGACAAAGAACCUGUCUACCGAAUCCAUCUUUUCUCGCAAGUAUGGCCUUUUGGGCAAGGGUGAGGCUCAUGAGAAUGCUAAAAAGAUUGAAGAGAUAUGCUUUGCCUCUGCAGAUGAGCAUUUCAGGAAGGAGCCUGAUGGUGAUGGGAGUUCUGCUGUCCAGCUAUAUGCAAAAGAAACUAGCAAGAUGAUGUUGGAAGUUCUGAAAAGAGGCCCAAGGACAACUGCUGAACCAAAAGCACCUGUGGUUGAUACACCUCUUGAGCCUGCUGAUACUGUAUUUGAUAUAUCUGGUGGCAAGCGUGCUUUUAUUGAGGCAGACGAAGCGAAGGAGCUGCUGAGUCCACUUACCAAACCAGGAAACUCAUACAAAAGGAUUUGCUUCAGCAACAGGAGCUUUGGUAUUGAUGCUGCCAAAGUCGCUGGACCAAUUCUUGAGUCAAUAAAAAAGCAGCUCACAGAGGUAGAUAUCUCAGAUUUUGUCGCAGGAAGGCCUGAGGAUGAAGCCCUUGAUGUGAUGCGCAUAUUCUCCAAAGCAUUAGAGGGGUCUGUACUGAGAUAUCUUAACAUCUCUGACAAUGCUUUAGGUGAGAAGGGUGUCAGGGCAUUCAAAGAGCUCCUACAUUCUCAGGAAAACCUGGAAGAACUCUAUGUGAUGAAUGAUGGUAUAUCAGAGGAAGCUGCAAAAGCUCUAUCUGAGCUUAUUCCUUCAACUGAGAAGCUUAAGGUUCUCCACUUCCACAACAAUAUGACUGGAGAUGAAGGUGCUAUGUCAAUCGCGGAGAUGGUUAAACGUUCUCCAAAUAUAGAGAGUUUCAGGUGCUCGGCAACAAGGAUAGGAUCUGAUGGUGGAGUCCCAUUGGCUGAGGCAUUAGGGACAUGCACUUGUCUUAAGAAACUUGAUCUCAGGGACAACUUAUUUGGCGUUGAUGCAGGUAUAGCUCUCAGCAAAACCCUUCCAAAGCUUCCUGAUCUUGUUGAGCUUUAUCUCAGCGAUCUCAAUCUUGAGAAUAAGGGUACAGUAGCAAUUGCUAAUGCCCUCAAACAGUCAGCGCCUCAGUUGGAGGUCCUUGAAAUGGCUGGAAAUGAAAUAAAUGCCAAAGCAGCCCCAGCUUUAGCAGAAUGCCUAACAGCAAUGCAGUCACUCAAGAAGCUAACCUUGGCUGAGAAUGAACUGAAGGAUGAUGGCGCAGUGAUUAUUGCAAAGUCAUUGGAAGAGGGCCACACAGAUCUGAAGGAGCUUGAUGUGAGCACAAACAUGUUGAUGAGGGUUGGAGCUCGGUGCUUUGCGCAGGCAGUCACAAAUAAGCCAGGUUUUGUGCAGCUGAACAUCAAUGGCAAUUUCAUCUCAGAUGAAGGGAUUGAUGAGGUGAAGGAAAUUCUGAAAGAUGGUAAGAACUCGCUGGAUGUGCUUGGCCCACUAGAUGAGAAUGAGCCCGAGGGGGACCCUGAAGAUGGUGCUGAGGAAGAGGAUGAGGAUGCCGAGGACGAUGAUGGUGGGCUGGAUUCGAAGCUGCAGAACCUGAAGGUUGAGCAGGAUGAUUAACCAUGCUUAGUUUAACUAGCUCUAGCUUCAGUAACCUUCUGAAUGUCCACCAGCUAGAUUAAAUUUGCAGUUAUAAACAAAUGCACUGUGGCUCCAUUAUUUUGAACUGAAUCAAGCAGCCAGGUGAUCACCUCGCGUUUUAUCAGAACUUAUUUGUAGCUUCCUAAUGAACUUGUUUCAUGUUUUAGAAACAUCUGUGUUGCCAAGGUCAGGUGACCCUGGACCCUUGAUCCA